AUGGCGAUCCCCAGAUCCAUCUCUGCUCUCGCAUUCCUCAUCAUUUCCUUCCUCUUUCUGCAGUCUCACACCGUGAAAUCGCUUUCCUUCAAAUUCCGCUCUUUCUACUCUCAUGAUAAUGCCAUAACCGUCGAAGGCGAUGCUUUUGCAUCUCACGGCCGCCUCCGUCUCACAAAAACCAACCACGGCGUCCCCCAACCCAACAGUGCCGGCCGAGCCUCAUUUUCAAAACCGGCUCGCCUCUGGGACGCCAAAACCGGCAAGCUCGCCGCCUUCUCCACUUCCUUCUCCUUCAUUGUCUCACCUUCUUCCUCUUCUUCUGGUGUCUUGGGAGAUGGGUUCUCCUUCUUCGUUGCCCCUUUCAAUUCUUACUUGCCUUCAAAUUCGAGCGGCGGAUUCCUUGGACUCUUCAGUCCUCCCACUGCUCUGAAUUCCCACGCUAAUCGAAUUGUUGCUGUGGAGUUCGACACUUUCGGCAAUCCUUGGGACCCAACAAGAUCCGGUCAUAUAGGGAUCGAUGUGAACUCCAUUGCCUCAGUGAAAACAUCGUCUUGGAAUGUGGAGAAAGGGUUGACAGGAAUUGCCACUAUAAGCUAUGAUCCAUCGCAGAAAAGGUUAAGUGUUGAUGUAAGUUACCCUGAAAACAAAGGGAAACGGAGUAGCAGCAGGCUCUCAGCUUACGUUGAUCUCAGGACAGUUCUGCCUGAAUGGGUUAGGGUUGGGUUCUCUGGCGCCACCGGUGAGGAGGUUGAGCUUCACAAAAUUCUUUCUUGGGAUUUCAUCAGCUCAGACCUUUAUUGA